AUGGCCCGCAAGGCCGACGAUCUACUUGCGGACCUGGACCAGCUCGGCAGCGAGGAGCAAGCGACCGCUUCGUCUGCCGCCAAGUCCCCCGCGAAGAACACGCCAGCAGCCAGUACCACCACCAACGACGAGGAGGAAGCCUUGGCCGAAAUCGAGAAACAACUUGCAGCCAAGCCCGCGGCAGGAUCGCGACCAGGCACACCACGGCUGAGCUCCAGCACGACAAGCGCGACCAACAAGAGUCCUAAGAGGACUGCUGAGUACACGCCGGCUAGCACCUCGGUCACCAGCAGUCAGCGAAAUAGCAGUGAGGACCGCGCGAGAGCCAAUGCAGCGCAGACGAGGAGCAGUGCCGAAGGAAACAGGAGCUAUCACCAAGCACAAACACCGGCACAAGAGCACCUCGCUCCCGAACCACAGCAGCAAAAGGCGAGUGGUGGUUGGGGAUGGGGUGCCAGCCUGUUGAGUGCUGCAUCUGCGGCAGUGAAGCAAGCGGAGACACUGGCCAAGGAGAUCAGCGGCAACGAGGAGGCUCAGAAGUGGGCAGACCAGGUCAGAGGACAAUAUCAGAACUUGCAAUCGUUUGGCACCGACCUUCGAUCUCGGGCACUACCGACGUUCACAUCUCUCAUCUCACACAUUGCACCUCCCAUAUCCGCUCAUGAACGCCUGCAGAUUCAUACUACCCAUGACAUCCAGAACUACCCGUCUCUUGAUCCACUGAUAUACUCCACCUUCAGCCGCAUCAUGUCCCAAGUCGAGGGCGGUGAUCUGCUCGUAAUACAACGGGGCUCAGAGUCCCGCAAUCGAAGCUCCAGCGAAGCUCAAGGCUACAAAGGCGGCGUACUCAGCGGAGGCAGCACAUGGACUGACGGACCAUGGUGGCGAGAGGAAGGCUCAAAGCGCUCGAUCGGAGCCGUUCCUGGUCUGAAGGAAGGCACAAGAUUGGUCCGCGUCAGCGCCGAGUCUUACGCCAAAGACUUCUUCGACUCGCGUGGCGGUGUUGAGGAGGCUGCGAAGAGGGCCACGGAGACGCUUAACGAGGCCAAUCCCGUCCGUAGCAGCGACAUCUUCCUCGCGAUACAAGCCAUCAGCUACACCAGCGACAAGGACUAUUUUGCAGGAGACUCACACGCUGAGCAGACUGAUGCAACCGUCGUCAAGCCGGAUGAGGAUAGCGAUGAGCAGAUCAUCUUUGCUGUAUACCUGCACGACCCAAUACACUCACUCACCUUCAAGGGGCUUUCCCAACCAUUCCCGCAACGAUGGACAGACUGGCUCGAUGCUGAGGCCAACGCUGGUGGGCUACCCGAGUCCAUCAUGGAGAUCAUCGAGACUGGUGGCGUGGAUCCACGAGAGUGGGUUGCGGAGUGGGUCGAGGAGAUCCUCUCAACUGCAGUCGGCGUGGUUGCUCAAAAGUAUGUUGCCAAGCGCAUGGGUGUUGGCGAGGGCGGCAUUGGCCGUGGAAAGCAGCGUGUCGAAGAGGAGACGAUCAGUGGGGAGGCAGCUAGGGCGAUAUGA